AUGCGCGGCGACAUAAUUGCCCUCGCUCUUGCGAGCCUGGCAGGACCCGUUUCUGGACAAGCCUUAGACACUGUCCUAACGGAGGGACGAGAUACCUUGCAGAGUGCGCGCUUUGGCCGGCGGCAAGCCAUGGACCGCAGGUUAGCAACCAUCAAGUCGCAUGCAGAUGUCGACGAGACGGAGAUCACCGCCACCUUGGAAAAGCGACAGGGUGCACGAUGUGGUAAAGAGUUUGGAACCUCGUGCGAAGCCGGUAUGUGCUGUUCCAGCGCCGGAUGGUGCGGUCAGGGAUAUCUUUACUGCUCAGCGCCGUCUUGUCAGAUCGAAUACGGACCGGCCUGCGAUGCCAACAUCCGGCCCAGCGGUCCUGAGACGAAGAAUGUCCCGCGGCCCAAAGUCGGCAGCGUACCAUAUGGCACAUCGGUCCGUCGCUGCACGCGACCUGGUGACAUCGCCCUAACAUAUGACGAUGGGCCCUACAUUUACACUGACGACCUGCUCGACAAGCUCAAGGCCUACAACGCCAAGGCGACGUUUUACGUGACAGGCAACAACUUGGGAAAGGGCAAAAUCAAUGACCCAAACACCGCGUGGCCAGGACUCCUUAGGCGCAUGGUUGCCGAGGGCCAUCAGAUCGCGAGCCAUACCUGGUCCCACCAACGCCUGACGACACUCACCGAGUCCAAAUUCCGUAAUCAGAUGAACUACCUUGAGAUCGCCCUGGCUGAUCUGUUCGGCUACUUCCCGACGUAUAUGAGACCCCCCUAUUCUGCAUGCGACGGCGCGUGUGAGACGCUUCUCAACGAACUUGGCUACCACAUUACCUAUUUUGACCUUGACACGGAGGGCUACCUUCGCAACAGUCCAUCAGCUAUACAAGGUUCCAAAGACAUCUGGGACGCUGCUGUGGAGGACGCCAACCCCGCCACCGCAAAGUUUCUUCACAUUGAGCACGACCCCGUGCAGCAGAGCGUCUAUAACCUGACGGACUACAUGCUUGCCUCGCUCCAGCGCAACGGUUUCCGCGCCGUCACUGUCGGAGAGUGUCUCGGUGACCCCAAAGCCAACUGGUAUCGCACCGUCGGCACCCCGAACCCGCCGUCCACGACACGCACAACCUCGGUUGCACAGCCCACGGGAAACCCCCCUGCCACGACAAAUGGCCGCUGUGGGCUCAUCGGCGCACUGCGGUUCGGGAUGCCAGGUCGGCUUCGGAACGUGUUCAGCCUCGAGCCCAAGCGCGGCGACGACUACCACCACGCCGCCCGCGCCAACAACUACAGCUCGCCCUCCGUCCACGAAUGGUCGUUGUGGCCCGAGCCAUGGCAGCGCCACUUGUGCGAAGGAGCCGCUCGGGGCAACGUGCUGUUCGAGAGCUGGAUGGUGCGGCUCCACUGGAGAUCAUUGUGGGACAGGAUGCCAGGCUGGCUUUGGAACGUGCGCAUGAAGCUGUCUUCACUCUGA